UUGAUUCCAGCCCAUCCUGCUUCCUGUUUAGUCCGUUCAACCCGCUGAGGAAAUGCGCCAUCAGAGUCCUCAUUCAUCCUGUCUUAAGUUUUGUUGUCAUUGCGACAAUUUUGAGCAGCUGUGUGUUCAUGACAAUGAAAAAUCCACCAGUGUGGAUCUCCUCUCUGGGAAUCACAGCCGUCUACACAGUGGAGGUCAUCGUGAAGGUCAUGUCCCGAGGCAUUCUCAUUGGAAGAUUCUCUUUCCUGAGAGAUCCGUGGAACUGGUUGGACAUCCUGGUCAUCAUAUUCGGGUAUGUGCCAUUGUUUGUCGAUUUGGGGAAAGUUUCUGUUCUUUCUUCAGCUCUUCAAGUCCUGAAGCUUCUCCCACUAAUCCCAGGUAUGAAGACGACUGUCAGCACUCUCGUCCAAUCAGGGAGGCGUCUGGUUGGUGUGAUGGUGCUGACCGUGCUCACCCUCAGUAUCUUCGCUCUGAUUGGUCACCAGUUGUUCAUGGGAAACCUGAGGCAGAAAUGUUUUCUCUUGCCAUCUAAAGAAAUGGACAACAAAAAUAGUUACUAUGGCAACGGAACAGGAGGCAGCAACUUUAAUUACAGCAAUAUCCUGAAUGAACAAGCCUACUUCUUGCCUCAUAACCUGGAUCCUCUGCUGUGUGGAAACAGCUCUGAUUCCGGGUUGUGUCCGGAGGGAUUCACGUGUCUUGCGUGGGGAAAGAACCCAAAUUACGGCUUCACCAGCUUCGACACGUUCGGCUGGUCUCUGCUGAAUAUGAUCAGACUGUUGACUCAGGACUUCUGGGAAAACCUGAUGAUGCUGACAUUACGUGCAGCAGGAAAAGUGUACCUGAUCACCUUUGUGCUCAUCUUCUUCCCCGGCUGUUUCUGCCUACUCAGCCUUAUUGUGGCCUCGGUUGCCAUGGCAAUCAGCGAACAGGAACAAGCUGUCAUUGUUGAGGCUCUCCGGAAAGAAAAAGAGUUCAUUCAGAUCCAGGAGGCACUGAAGAGGAAUGACAAACACGAGCAGGUGGCCUGCAGGGGGAGACCCUCAGAAACAAAGACUGGUGAAAUGGAGGAAAAAUCCACUGAGCUGGAAGGCUCAGAUGGCUCGUGUUCACCAUGCUGCGUCCUCUGUCUGAAGUGGAACUGUUGUGGUUGCUGGCAGUGGCUCAAACAGCGGCUCCACACCUUGGUCAUGAACCCUUUCUUUGAACUUAUAAUUGUACUCUGCCUGAUCGUCAACAUAAUCUUCAUGGCAACUGAACAUUUUCCGAUGACAGAGCACUUUAAUGAGCUGCUUGCCAUCUCUCAUCUGGUCUUCACCUAUAUCUUCAUCGCUGAAAUGUUGCUCAAAGUUGUAGCCAUGGACCCAUACGGAUACUUUCAGGUGGGCUGGAACAUCUUUGACAGCAUCAUCGUCGUCAUCAGUCUUAUAAUUCCAUUUACGAACUCUAUUCAUGACCAUUCCUAUAUACUGUUGCUGCGAGUCUUCAGGUUGGCCAGGUGGUGGCCGUCUUUCCACAUGUUGCUAAAGAUGGUGUGGACGUCAUUGAGGGCUCUGAUGAACCUGACUCUGGUCCUGCUCAUCCUGGUGUUUGUGUUCAGUGUGGUCGGCAUGCAGCUGUUCCAUAAGGACUACGAAGACUGUGUCUGUCGCAUCUCUCUGGACUGCACACUUCCACGCUGGCACAUGAACGACUUCUUCCACACCUUCCUCAUCGUCUUCAGGGUCCUGAUAGGACAGUGGAUCGAGACUACAUGGGACUGCAUGGAGGUCUCAGGUCCGGCCAUGUGUCUGAUUUUCUUCAUGGUGGUUAUGGUCAUCGGAAACCUGUUGGUCCUGAAUCUGUUCCUGACCAUGGUACUGAGCUGGUUCAACGGUGACAGUCUGCUGCUUUCAGAGCGAAAGGAGAAAAAAAACCCUGACAUCGCCAUAGACCAGAUCAAGAAAGCAUUCUGGGCUUUGCUGGGGAAGGAAAAACCAGAUCCCACAGAUGCUAACAGUAAGGACAGCAACAGGAAGGAGUACCUGGCCUUGGAUGUUGUGACUUCAGACCAGCCGGUGUCCGAGAAUCAAGACCUCAGCGGGAAAACCAGCAAGCAUGUUGACACUAAGUCCCAGAGCGCCCCCAUUGCUGAGAUCGAGGAUGAACUGAAAACGACUGACGAUAAAGAAGAAAGAGUGAAAAGAAGUGAUGACGACGUGCUGAAUCAUCCUGAGUGUGAGCAGGACGAACACAAUAAAGGUGUUAAGGGAAACACACCUGAAGACUGCUGCUGUGACAUGUGUUACCGAUGCUGUCCGUUCUUGGACCUCAACAAGUCCCAGGGUACAGGGAGGGUGUGGUCUAACUUCAGGAGAAGCUGCCUCUCCAUCGUUCAGCACCGAGUCUUUGAGGCGUUCAUGAUCAUCAUCAUCGUGCUGAGCAGUGCAGCUCUGGUGUUCGAGGACAUUCACCUGCCACAGAGGCCGGCCUUAAAGAUUGCUGUGGAGACGGCAGACCAGGUGUUCACCUUCAUCUUCCUGCUGGAGAUGCUUCUCAAGUGGAGCGCCUUUGGACUUAAAAAAUACUUCACCAACGGGUGGUGCUGGCUUGACUUCCUAAUCUUAAACGUGUCUCUAACAUGUGUGACUACUGACCUGUUGGGACAAUCUAAACCACUAGCCGCCCUCUGGUCUCUGAGAGCCCUGAUACCUUUGAGGACCCUGUCUCGCUUCCAGGGCCUGAGGGUGGUCAUUCGGACUCUGGUGCAGACCCUCCCCUCCCUGGUUAACGGUGUUUUGGUGUUUUUGAUCGUGUGGUUGUUCUACAGUAUUCUGGGCGUGAACCUGUUUGCGGGGAAGUUUUGGUACUGUUACGAUGAGACGACAGAGCAGUUCUUCACUACCAAGGAAGUGGACAACAAGACCCAGUGUUUUGAGCUGAUGUAUGUAAACUCCACCGAAGUCAGAUGGAAAAACAUUAAGUUAAAUUUUGACAACGUGGCGAAUGGUUACCUGUCGCUGGUGAUCGUGACGAUGUCGUCCGGCUGGUUUGAUGCUAUGUACGCAGCUGUGGACUCCAAACAGGUGGAGUCUCAGCCGGAAUAUGAGUACAACCUACCCAUGUCCCUGUACUUCAUAUUCUUCAUCAUCAGCACCUUCUUCACCUUCAUCUUCUUCAUCAGAGUCAUCAUCGACAGCCUGCAGACAGAGAAGACAGGGAAACAUUGUUUUGCAACGGAGGAUCAGAUGAAAAAAAUUGAAGCUUUGAAAAUUCGUCUCUUGAGUAAAUCGCCAGCUCCCCGUCCUCAGAACCCAUGCCUGGCUCGGCUCUUUGACCUGGUGACCAGUCAGUGGUUUGAGGUCUUCAUGGUGGUGGUUGUCUUCCUGAACAUGGUGGUUCUGAUGGUGGAGACUCCGUAUCAGAGCUUCCAGACGGAAAUCAUUCUGAACUGGUUCCAGUUCGUCUUCCUCAUCAUCUUCCUCAUGGAGUUCAUCAUGAAGAUCAUCCCACUCCAACAACACUACUUCACCUCAGGCUGGAACAUCCUGGACUUUGUGGUGCUUCUGUAUCUCCUCAUAGGCCUCUUUAUCUCUGAUUUCUUGGAAAAGUAUUUCAUCACACCCACCUGGUUUUCAAUUUUGCGAUUGGUUCGUGUCAUGCGUGUGAUCCAUCUUGUUCAGGGUGGGAUCAGGAAGCUGCUUUCAAACUUUAUGAUGUCACUUCCUGCCCUCUUUAACAUCAGCCUCCUCCUCUUCCUCAUCACGUUCAGCUUCUCCAUCUUUGGCAUGUUUAACUUUGCCUACAUAAAGAAGGCCGCUGACAUCGAUGACAUGUGGAACUUUGAGACGUUCUGGAGCAGUCUGACCUGCAUGAUAAUGACCUCCACCACCUCCGGAUGGUACGGCUUCCUGCUGCCCAUCAUGGACACGCCUCCUGACUGCGACCCUUUCAUGGAAAACCCGGGACUGAUGGGCAUCGGAGACUGUGGCAACCCCAUAACGGGUGUCAUCUUCUUUACCACCUUUAUCACCCUGACCUCCCUGCUCCUGGUUUACCUGUACAUCGCUGUCGUCAUGGAGACCUUCAGUUUAGAGGACGUAGAGUCCUUGAGUGACGAAGGCCUCCAGAUGUUUUAUAACACCUGGAUGAAGUUCGACCCCGACGCCACGCAGUGCAUACAGAAAAGUGAGCUGUCAGAGUUCUGCAGCGCUCUGCAGGGUCCUCUGAAGAUUCCAAAACCAAACUCCAUCAAACUGACCAACAUGGAUCUUCCUCUGCUGCCUGGAGACAAAAUCCACUGUAUGGACAUCCUGUCAGCCCUGCAUGCACAGGUGUUUGGUGAUUCAGGCGAUGUGGACGCUCUUAAAGACAGACUGCAGGACAAAUUUAAUGAAAAAUCCCCCAAGGUGUCAAGUGAACCGAUCAGCAGCACUCUGCAGGGGAAACUAGAAGAGGAGGUGGCGAUGGUGAGCCAGCUUAAGGACGCAGAGGAGGUGGCUGACGGGUCUAUGGGUGGUGCUAACGGUAGUUCAGGUGUUUAAGACUCCUCCCACUCUGCUGGAUGAGAACCUGAAUGAGUCAAGAACAAAUCGCAUUUAUUAAAGCAUAUAAAGCUUAUUAAGCAUAUAUCCAUAAUUAGCAUUUAACUGUAUCACUGUUAAUCAAUAUUUCAUAUUCAGCUGAUCGUUAACUAAUUCACACUGCUGUUAAUUUGCCUAUGCUAUGCUAGCAGAGCUAAAUGCUAAAAUGAACCAGCUAAUGUGAGCAGAAACACCAUGACUAACAGACUCAGAGCUUACGUAGCUAACACAUACUCAGAGCUUAUGUAGCUAACACAUACUUAGAGCAUACGUAGCCAACACAGACUCAGAGCUUACGUAACUAACACAGACUCAGAGCUUACGUAACUAACACAGACUCAGAGCUUACAUGUCUGAUGUAGACUCAGAGCUUACGUAACUAACACAGACUCAGAGCUAACGUGGCUAGCACAGCCUCAGAGCUUACGUAGCUAACACAGAAUCAGAGCUUAAAUAGCUAACACAGACUCAGAGCUUACGUAGCUAACACAGAAUCAGAGUUUACGUAGCUAACACAGACUCAGAGCUAACGUGGCUAACACAGCCUCAGAGUUUAAGUAGCUAACACAGACUCAGAGCUUACGUGGCUAACACAGCCUCAGAGCUUACGUGGCUAACACAGACUCAGAGCUUACAUGGCUAAUACAGACUCAGAGCUAACAUGGCUAAUACAGACUCAGAGCUAACGUGGCUAACACAGACUUUUAAAAAAGUUUCUCUCUUGCAGUGUGACGUCCAGAUUAUUCCACAUCACUAACCACUCUGUUGACCUGAUCGUGUAGCGUGCUAAUGUGUGUUAGUACAUUAGCAUCUGAACUCAGUGGCCCUUUUCAGAGAGCAGGUCCAAUGCAAAUUCUGAGCCGGUAACCCUGAAAUCAGGAAAAUGGUAAAUUUAGCUCUGACUCAGUAGUAUGGUAAUUCUAGCUCUGACUCUAUGAACCUUACCUGUUCGGAAGCAGGUUGUCUUGAAUGAACCUGAGUUAUUCUCCGUCUCCUCUUUCAGAGCCAGAAACACUUUAAUUUCCUCGCUCUGUCAUUCAGUUUGUAUCAUGCUGUGUUAGUGGAGAUUCACCAUUGGUCUCAAUAAAAACCAGGUUAUUUUAAUGUUUCAUGAUAGGCGUUUUAUAUUAAAUAAAUAUACUACAUUCAAACUUACACGCUGACUCGAGCAGAAUUUUUCUCCCUCACCACUUCUCUCUGCUUUGCUGCUGCAGCAGAGUUAGUUUAAAAACAUGUUCAUACUCACUGAAUGUCCACAUGAUGAUUUAUAAUUCAGAGGGAGAAAGUACAAGGACCUCUUUAUGUCACCUGUUGCUUUGUUAUAUCGUAGUAUCUGGGCUCCAUUAAUGUUGUCUUUUAAAGUCAUGCUGCAUGCGCUGAGCAACAAGUGAACCGACUCAGAGGGGAGUGAACUCAAAUCGGCUGUUCUGUAACGUUUCCCACCUGAGGAUACAUCACCUCACAGCUCAGGGUUAGACUGAAAGUUUGUUCAACCUGAUACGGGCUUCAGGUGAACACAGGGGGGCACUGCUCCCUUCUUCUUUGAACAGCUAUUUUUGAUACUUUGAUAUGUUUGAAACCUUUAUAUUUUCAUAUUCUUACUGUUUGUUUAUUUUAGACUGACUAACAAAGAGAAUAAAAAACAUCCUAUUCA